AUGACUGAACAGACAAGUGAAGUUGGUCACCUCAAGAUGCGAGCUUGCUUGCUGCUGGUGGUAUGCCUAUGGCAAUGGACACAGCAAACUCUGGCAACAGACUGCCAGAAUGGUGAACUGAGGAUAAUCAGUAAAGAUGAAAAGAAAUGCUGCCCCAAAUGCAUCUCAAACACAGACCACAGCACAUGUCAAAAUAUUGAGGACCAUGACUGCAAAUGUCGUCAGGGGUACAGCUGUACUGAUAGUGCAUGUCACUACUGCUCAAAACUGCCUGAAUGUGCAGAAGGCGAGGAGCUGGUUAAGCUUGGCAUUUUAGACUUCACAUUCAAAUGUAAACCAUGUGAGACAGGAACCUACUCUAAUGUUAAGAAUGGCUGGUGCCGUAACUGGACUGAUUGUGAAAGUUCUGGGUUUCUAACAAUCAAGCAAGGCAACAGUACACAUAAUGCAGUAUGUGGUUUCCCUGCUAAAGAUUUGGAGCAAG